UUUGAGAAAUUUCUUAAAAGGAUCCAGGAGUUGCUGAACAAAUAUAAUUGUUUUGUUCUUUGCCAAAUUUGAGAGACUUUUGGUGCUUUCUGUCUCUGGAACCUUCCUGCUUUGUGUUUUAAGUUUAGUAAAACGACUCCUUCCUUUUUUUUCCCCCUGCUUCCCUUGAUCCACACCCUCUGGUGGUGGACGGCUCCUGUGGUGCCUCACUUGAUGCACUGUGCCCGGUUAGGUAGAGGAACAUGUCGCCCGCAUCCGGGAGGAGCUGGACCGAGAGCGAGAGGAGCGCAACUACUUCCAGCUGGAGCGUGACAAAAUCCACACCUUCUGGGAGAUCACAAGGAGGCAGCUGGAGGAGAAGAAGGCUGAGCUCCGGAACAAAGACCGCGAGAUGGAGGAGGCAGAGGAGAGGCACCAGGUGGAGAUCAAGGUGUACAAGCAGAAAGUAAAGCACCUGUUGUAUGAGCACCAGAACAACCUGGCGGAGGUGAAGGCUGAGAGCACUGUGGUCAUGAAGCUGGCCCAGAAGGAGCACCGCGCUCAGGAGGGCACACUGCGGAAGGACAUGAGGUCGCUCAAAGUGGAGCUCAAGGAGCAGGAGCUGGCUAACGAGGUGGUGAUAAAGAACCUGCGUCUGAAACAUGCUGAGGAGAUCACCAAGAUGCGAAAUGACUUUGAAAGGCAAGUUCGAGAAAUCGAGGCCAAGUACGACAAGAAGAUGAAGAUGCUGAGGGACGAGCUUGACCUUCGGAGAAAGACCGAGAUCCAUGAGGUGGAGGAGAGGAAGAACGGCCAGAUCAGCACGCUGAUGCAGCGCCACGAGGAGGCCUUCACUGAUAUCAAGAACUACUACAAUGACAUCACUCUUAACAACCUGGCCCUAAUCAAUUCCCUCAAGGAGCAAAUGGAGGACAUGCGGAAGAAGGAGGAGCACCUGGAGAAGGAGAUGGCGGAGGUGUCUCUGCAGAACAGGCGGCUGGCAGACCCUCUGCAGAAAGCCAAGGAUGAGAUGAAUGAGAUGCAGAGGAGACUUGGGAGCUAUGAAAGGGACAAGCAGAUCCUGGUUUGUACAAAGGCACGUUUAAAGGUUACCGAGAAAGACCUGAAAGACCUUCAGUGGGAGCACGAGGUCCUGGAGCAGCGGUUCAUCAAGGUGCAGCAGGAGAGAGACGAGCUCUAUCGCAAGUUCACUGCAGCCAUCCAGGAGGUGCAGCAGAAGUCCGGCUUCAAGAACCUAGUAUUGGAGCGUAAACUGCAGGCGCUGAACGCCGCUGUGGAGAAGAGGGAGGUGCAGUUCAAUGAGGUGCUGGCAGCCUCCAACUUGGAUCCUGCCGCACUGACGCUCGUGUCCCGGAAACUUGAGGAUGUUCUAGAAUCAAAGAAUACCACCAUCAAGGACUUACAGUAUGAGCUGGCCCGGGUCUGCAAGGCCCACAAUGACCUGUUGCGUACGUAUGAGGCGAAGUUACUGGCCUUCGGGAUCCCACUGGACAAUGUGGGGUUCAAGCCCCUGGAGACAGCAGUGAUCGGACAGACACUGGGACAGGGCCCUGCAGGACUUGUGGGUGCCCCGACAUAGCUACCUUCUGGGGGCUUUUACCUUUAGAGCUGGCCUGUCCCACUUUCCAAAUGAUACCCAUUCUCCUUCAAGAACAGCAAGUUUUUGUUUUGUAGACUUCAUCAUCAGCAAUGAAAGCUUUUCCACAUUUC